AAACACAUCUAGAGUUAAGAGUUAAGGGACACCCUAACUGCAGUACAGGUUACGGAGGCAACAGACGGAACGGUUUCUGCCUGGGCACAAAGGCAGCUUCUCACAGAUGUGAGAAUGAAAACGGCUAGGCCAAUGCUUUUUAAUGCAAAUCUCUCAGCUGAGAGAAUAGCCAUUCAGAAGUGCCACAGAUGCUGUGCAGAAGAAGCGGUUUAGGUGUCUGGACUUGGUUCCACUGGACAUGGAGUUCCACUGUGCAACCUGUGACAUGGAGGCCCACAAGAGGAAUAUCUUCCAUGACAGAGAGGCUGUGUUCAAUGGAUUUCUGGAGCCCAUUCCCCCUAAAACUGCUGUGGUGGUGGAUGAAAAUGGCCAGCUUCAGUUUUGUGAACAAAUAUGUCAACUGCCUGUUCCUACUCCAAGGUCAAUCUGUGAAUGCUCUGAUGACGUCACAGUUACUCCUUGGAAGCAUAUUUCUGUGGUCACCAUCAACGGACGAUACAAUGUCUGCUCUGCAGAAUGGACUCCUGAGGUUAAAGACCUCCUUUUGUAUCGGUACUGGCCAGCUAGCACCAGCUGCCAGACGCUUUACAAAUAUGAUGUGUUCACCUCAUUCGAGCACAUGAAGGUGACAGCACCAGCCAUGUCCAGGCAGGCAUUUCUGAAAAUGUUGGAGCACAGAUCUGUUCAAGCUGGACGGACAGGUAGUAUCUGUGCUGAUACAUUUCAGCGAAGCUUCUUCGAGUUUUGCUUCCGUCAGUACAAACAAGAGGUUAUGUGCCAGGUCCAUCACUUUGUUUGUCCAGCAUGUUCUCCAGACAUGUUGGCUGUCUGCUGUGAUGGAAACCGCAAGCAUUACCGCUUUUCCAAGUCAAAAGGAUUUAAUUAAAGUCAACGUUUCAGUUUUUUCAGUGUACAUAAGGCGGCUCUCACGACUGACAGGGACAUUUAACGGCUCUUUACUGAUGUAGUCGUAACAUAAAUAAUAAGCUACGACAAACUAAGUAGUACAAUGAGUAAAGAACUGUAUAAGCAACAUUUUGACAUGUUCUAUAUAGAGCCUAAUUCUCCUCUACUAUAUUUCAGAGGCAAGUAUUGGUAUUUUGUCUAUUCAUCUGCUAUCCUAUUGCAUGUAUCUGGAAAAGACAAUACUUACAUGUUAAGAUGCAGUACAAUGCUGUAGCCUUAUCUACCCUGUAGUAUACACUCAUCAAAUAAACCAGGUUUACUAUAAUAAAAGUUUAUUAGUUCAUUUAUAUUGUGAGCAGAAAACACAUCAGUUUUUGCACAACGUUUUAAAAUGCAUUAUUUGACAUGUUGCCACUGAAGGCUGCUUUCUUCAUCAUUAACAACUGCAUCACUGAAUCAGGCUUUUCUUAGUCAGUGUAGAUUUUAUAUUGGAUGAC